CGGACGUGUAUUCCUGCGUUACAAAAUUGUCACAAAUUGUUGUAAGAUUUUGAAACGAGAACGUAAAACGCAUUCAAGUGCUUAAACAAAAUCGAUUUGUUUUACUCUUGCGAGAGAAAAAUACAUAAAUGUCAUUAAAAUAAUGUUAUAAAAAUAAAUAAUAAAUAUUUCCAAUUAAUUUUGUGGACGAAUUAAAAAAACAAAACAAAUAAAUGUCACUUUGGAAGAAAUAUAUUUGUGUUAAAAGUUUAGCAGCUAAGUGUGAAACGUAAUUAAUAACGACACUGUGAACAAAUGUAUGUGUUUUUUUUCUUCGAUACACAUAAAUUUAAUCAUUACACAUACAUACCUAAAUAUAUAUAACUACAUACGCAUAAAUUUUUAAUUAAAUUAGAGAAAAAAUGUCAAGUGUAAGGAAAGUGUAAUUUCUAUUUAACAAUUGGAAUCAUUGAAUCACAGCAAACUGCCGCGAGUAUGGCACAGUCACGUUUUAACAGUAAUGAACAAAUGUUAACAACAGUUGCAAAAACAACAACGACAACAAGAUUUAAAAAAAUGUCAUCAAGCAGUAAUGCCAAACAAAGGAAUUAUAUAAAGCAAAACAAUGCAAUAUUCAGCCCAAGUAAGGCCAGCUUUAGGUGCAGGCGACCAAGUGAUCAGCCAUUGUUCUCAACAAUUCAUCGCGCACAACAUCACAGUAUUGCCUACUUUUUGGCGCUUAGUAAUCACAGCAUAACACUUGCCUUGCAUAGCUUGAUCAUAUUGCUUUGUUUCGCCGCAAUGCAGCCAAUACUCGCACGUUCCACAUCGGCGCAUCGAUCAGCAAAAGCCGCCAUAGUGCCAGCAUCGCCUAUGGCUGUACCGCUACUCGGCAACGCCGCUUCUUCCGCUACGCUACUAAAUUCCACAACAUCAAUAACAACUGAGCAUGAAAGAAACACGCUCGCUAUGAGUGCCACACAAAGGCCAGCGCCCGUUGUGGAAAAUCGUCGUGCGCUAAAACUUGCGUUCCUCAACAACGCCUCAGUAGUAUGCAACGAUGGCUCACGAGCUGGCUUCUAUCUGCGCAAAAAUCCAAGUUCGAAAAAAUGGAUUGUAUUCCUGGAAGGUGGCUGGCAUUGUUACGAUACGCGCUCAUGUCGUGCGCGUUGGUUGCGACUGCGACACCUGAUGACAUCGGCACAGUGGCCGGAAACACGUGACGUUGGUGGCAUACUCUCGCCGCUGCCAGAAGAUAACCCCUAUUGGCACAAUGCCAAUCAUGUGCUCGUGCCUUAUUGCAGCAGUGACUCGUGGUCGGGCACACGUUCCACAAUCGAUGAAACAGCCGAGUGGCGCUUCAUGGGCGCUGUGAUUAUACGCCAAGUCAUUGCCGAACUGAUACCACUCGGUCUGGGACGUGUCCCCGGUGCAGAAUUAUUAUUGGUGGGCUCAUCAGCUGGUGGGCUCGGCGUUAUGCUAAAUUUAGAUCGUAUUACGAACUAUUUGCAACAAGAACGUAAAUUGAUGGUGACCGUGCGUGGUGUGAGCGACUCAGGUUGGUUUCUCGAUCGUGAGCCUUACACGCCAGCAACGGUGGGGUCCAGCGAGUCAGUGCGGCAGGGUUGGAAAAUAUGGCAAGGCAUACUACCAGAAACGUGCACUAAACAAUAUUUAACAGAACCUUGGCGCUGUUACUUUGGUUACCGCCUGUAUCCAACGCUAAAGGCACCGCUCUUCGUUUUCCAAUGGCUCUUCGAUGAAGCUCAAAUGCGUGCCGACAAUGUAGGUGCACCAGUCACGCCACAGCAAUGGAAUUACAUACACGAAAUGGGCGGUGCCUUACGUUCCUCCUUGGACAAUGUGACCGGCGUUUUUGCACCUUCCUGCAUUGGACACGCUGUGCUCUCUAGACGGGAUUGGGUUAGCAUCAAAAUCGAUGAUAUUUCUUUGCCAUCUGCGCUACGUUGCUGGGAACACUCCACACGCCCACGCCGUAAACGCCACAACAAUAAACAACACCAUGAAGUUGAGCUACGUGAGCACAAGCAUCAUAAACUCGAACAUCAAACGCCGCAGAAGCACCGAAGACCAACACAAUAUAAGAACAGAAAGCAUAAUAACCAUGAACCGAAAAAUGGCGUGCAACAACACUUGAGCAAAGCCGAGCGUGAAGAACGACGACGUCUGCGCCAUGAACGCCAACAAAAACUACUACGAAAACAACAUCAGCAAAAUAAAAAGAAGCACCGCAAUCGUCACGAACGGCGACGCAAUGAGGCGGAAAAGCGUAAUAAUAAUCUGUCACCCAACGAUAAUGGCACUACGUUAAAUGAGCAACAUCCCAACAAGAAGCAACACGCCAGCAAACACAAUGCUGGUAGUGGUAGCGACCGCAAGCAGCGGCGGGCGGGACACAAGUCGCACAAGGAACGGAAAGAGCAACGGCAACGGCAGCUGAAGGUGCAGCACACCGGCAAACUCGAGCUCCAACAACAGCGCGAACAGUCGAUAGAGGCGAUAACCCAAUUGGAAUUAAAAAAUAAGCACGCCAACGACGCUGCAACACGACGCAAUCGCGUGCCACGUGUGCCCGAGAAAUGUGCACUGCGAUUGCUCGAACGUUGCAGUUGGCCACAGUGCAAUCACUCUUGCCCGAUGGUCACUAAUCCAAUCACUGGCGAGGAAAUGCGUUUCCUUGAGCUGCUAACCUCUUUCGGACUUGACAUCGAAGCGGUCGCAACGGCGCUGGGUAUGGACAUGCAAACACUCAGUAAUAUGGACCGCGCCGAGCUGGUUAAUCUGUUGACGCAGCAGUCGAGCUGAUCGCCGGUGUAAAUAAUAUUGCUUGCCUGGAAGGAAAGGUGUAUAUGUGUGUGUGUGUAUAUGUGUAGGAAUGGAUGUAAAAAAAUGAGAAAAAAUAUUUGUAAAUAUUAGUUUUUUAAGCAGGAAACUAGACAAGUUCAAAUUAAUGCAGUAAGAUUUAUGAAUGUGUGUGAGUGUGGCGAGAGAGAGAGAAUGAUAAAGAUUGGCUAUGUUGAGAAUCAUAGGGAAAUUAGCGGUUAUUGAACGAACCUACAACAGGAACAUAGAGUGCGUUGUAAAGUAUUGUAAAAGUUACUUGAAGACAAAUAUUUUAUUAAGUCCAUUUGUUAGGUAAAACUAAUUUAUUGGUUAUUUUUAUAACGGUUUUAGUUUAAUUCUAGUUAAUCACAUACUUUUUAAGCCAAAAUCAUUAGUAACACCUAACAAUUGUGAGUUUGAGAAAGUUGAUGUGUAGCGCUAAUAUAAUAUUUUACAAAAAUUCUUCCAUAGCAUAGUUUAGCAAAUUUUAUUUUACAUUCCAUUUACAACUUCUCCGACAGACAUUCGAAGCCAUAACGGGAUUCCAAUCUCCAGAGAAAGUGCAAAAAUGGGAAGUACAAUAGUAUCUGCCUGUGACUAUGUAACCAGAGAAAGAUUAAGCAAGGUGUUCCGCAGGGUAGUCUCCUUUCACCCCUGCUGUUCAAAUUCAACAUCUCGAAGCUCCCCCAACCACCAGAGGGAGUCUCCCUGGUCUCAUACGCUGACGACUGCACGAUAAUGGCGUCGGGCAACGACAUCAAUGGUCUGUGCUCCAAAGUCAACAGCUAUCUCACCGACCUUUCUCGCUUUUUCACUGCAAGGAAUCUCCAACUUUCCCCCGCUAAAUCCAAACUGUCCCUUAGGUACAAGUCGAUAACACACAAAUUCUGACGGUAAACAAUCCCAAAAUUUUGGGUGUGACCUUUGACAGUUUGCUCUUCUUCUCAGCGCAUACAACCGCAAUUGUCACUAAGCUCCAAAAUCGCAACAAGGUCCUCAAGCCGUUUGCCGGCAGCACUUGGGGCAAAGACAAAGCACUGUUGCUAUCGACAUUUAAGGCAAUUGGUCGGCCGAUUCUAAACUAUGCUGCGCCUGUCUGGUCGCCUGGAACUAGUGACACGUAGUGGAUAAAGCUACAGACAUGCCAAAAUACUGUCAUUCCAUUAAACUAUGCCGACGCGAUCCAGGACAAAACUGUCAGAAAUCUACUGGACUAGACAGUAUUUAGACAGUCCAUAAACGACAUUCACCGGGAGACCGUCACCACCUUCUUCAGCUCCCGUCCUGUGAAUGCCGUGAUCAGAGACCAACCACCACCUAUUGCAGAUGAAGAGCUCCAGCUUCCCCGUGAGACACGCGUAACACUAGCACAACUACGUUCUGGAUACUGUAGCAGGUUAAACUCCUACAUAUCCAGAAUUGACCCCGACAUAGCAAACAUAUGUCCGGCAUGUGAAGAUACCCCGCACGAGACUAACCACCGUUUCACAUGCCUUCUAAAACCUACUCAUCUAACACCCCUCUCCCUCUGGACCCAACCCGUCGAAAUAGCGUGUUUCCUGGGCCUACCUUUAGGUGAGUCAGACGAAGACGACCGGUGAUAUACUACACACUGACGGGGCUUCUAUUACUGUUAAAACAACAACAACAACUGUGUAACCAGCAGAUAAUGGAGUUUCGCAAAAUGCAUUGGGAAAAUAGAAGAAUACGCAAAAAAAUAAUUCAAGUCAAGAUUCGGUAAACCCUGCUGAAGCAUUUACUGGGCUUUCUGUUUUCAGGAUGGGCACGCCUAGUAAUACUUUCAUUCGAAGAGUUAAGAAUUAACUUACCGAAGGUCUCAAAAUAGAACAUUUUCUCCAACAGAAAGACUAACGUGACACUGAAGUUUUAGCUAUAUGACUAGCAGAUAUGGAGAACGCAUAACAAAUUUGUGUGAGCUAAAGAGAUGAGGCAAAGGUGGAUUCCACUCAGCACUUCCCGUGCGAACUCGCCGCGUUUCGAGGAAUAAUCUUUAAUAAUAAGACACAGUAUGGUUGAGGCCACUUAGAUUCGCUAAAAGGUCAGAAUUAUUUGGAGAAAUAUUAGUAUAGAGACAGAAUAAUAACUCUUGGGUAUCAUAAUGGGCCUCUGUAGGUAGAUGGGUAGGUGGUAGGUCUGGCACUCCUCAAGUAGGAGCCUCUGUAACCACCUUGAACUUUUUUCAAGAACAGCUCAUCAAAUCUAGGUUAAACUAUUUAUUAUUUUGGUUUUUAAUAAAAGUGACUUCAAGAUUUUUUUCAAUUGUUAUACAUUAGAGUUAUACCCAACAUUAGCCCAAUUCCAUGACAAGAGAUCCAAGUAUUUUGAACCUUAUGGUCAAUUCUUCUAGCUUCUAGAAACUUGUUGAAAAAGUUUAGUAAUUUUAAGAUUAUUCAAAAUGAAAAAUUCACUCAUAGAGUUUUUUGAA